GGGCCGGGAACCUCUGGAGGCCGAGCUUCGAAGUUCCCUGGACCCCAGCUCGCACGUAAACAGGACGAAUCGGGAUGGAUGAGUUGUGCCGUUGCAGCUUCCUUCCCCGUCUGCCUCGCGGCCUCCGCCGAACGCCAUAUGAUGCUUCGCUGCCAGAUGAUGAGACGGACGACGACCUCGAGCUCACCUCUCACAAGUGGUGGGUGCCGUGUGCGGGCUGCUUGGAUGUGGUUCUUCAUCUGUGUGAGAAGUUGGCCACCUUGACGGAGUGCCCACGAGGUCAGCCAGCAGACACACUCACGCGGAUGCAUAGAUCUGUCUGUCUGUCUGUGUCUGCCUGUCUGCCUGUCUGCCUGUCUGUCUGUCUGUCUGUGCUGCAGAGCUGCUAUGUGUGUAUUUGAUUAAGUCGGGCGAAUCAUUCGCUUACUUCUCAUUCAGCUUCAUCCUCGUCAUAUGGCUCAGGUGUGUGCGUGAGCAGGCAGGCAUUUUCCCUCCUCUCUGUGUGUCAUCUCUCUGUCUGUGUGCCGGAUGGGUGGUAUACAGCGAGGAGUAUGGCCUUGACGACAAGCAGGCGGGUUGGCUAUACGGUCUGUACGGCAUGCUCACCUCACUCAUGGGCAUUCUGGUCGGCGUGGCCGUCGACAACAUGGGCGUCCGCAUCUCACUACUCAUCGGCAUGACCGUGCUCGCAACCAGCAGGUCAGAACGCACCUGUAAUGGACCAGUGGCAUGGUCAUGCUCCUCCCGCCGUCAUGUGUGUGUAUGUGUGCUUCUCGUGUGCAGAGGUCUUUUGUGUUUCGUCUAUUCGGUUCGCAUGGCUGUUGCUGUCCUGGUGAGUGGAGUGAUACACUUCCCUCACCCUCACCGUGGUGACAGGCAAUUGCUGCUUGUUGGGCUGCAGUUGGUUGGUUUGCCUUUGGGUACUGCCCUCGGCAUUCCCGUGCUCACGCUGGGCAUCAGGAGGUCAGCACAGCCAAUCGACACGACACACACAUGGACGCAACUACGUCCAACUGGCUGCGAUGUUUGUGUUGUGUCAGGUAUACCACCGACAGGACUCGGGCUUUCGCGUACAGCGUCUACUAUGUUGUCAUGAACAUCUCUGCUUGCCUGGCAGGUCCGUGCCCAUGCACAGGCAGCGUAGCUACACUUGCAAUGACGAAAUCGUCCUUCACUGCCUUCAGGCAUCAGUGCCGAUUUGGUGCGCAAGACGUUCAAGGAAGGCCUGACAGUCCAUGUGCCAUACGUUCUCAACACACACCUGACCAACUACCGAGUGCUCCUUCUCAUCGGCACACUGGUAGGAAGGGAGAGAGAUGGGGGCAGACAGCACAUGGGCGGAAUGGCUGCGUGUGCUCGUCAUUGCUGCGGGUGGUGUACAGGCGUCCUUUGCCAACUUGUGUGUGGCCUUUUUCGUGAGGGAGAUCAACGUCAUCGACCACAACGAACCUGUCGUCGCAUUCAAGCCCAAGACGUAGGCCACCCACACCAUGCACCCACAGGCAACAAGAUAUUCGCCUUGUGUGAGCCUGUAGUGCGUCUGCGUGGAGCAUAUUCUGGGAAGUGGUCAGGCAAGGCAGCUUCUGGAGGUAUGCAUGCAUCUAGAUGUUUUGACCGACGACAGAGGGCCGCACCGAGGGCACAUGGCGUUCCUUCGUCGUUUGUCCGGCGCACGUGAAUGGUGCAGGUUUGUGACUCUGAUGACGCUUUUUGUCGGCGUGCGGAUGGUCUUUCGCCAUAUGGUAAACACACACACAUGCCACAAAAAAGAAACUCCCAUCAGAAUUCCCCGCCUUCUGUGUGUUCUCUGUGGGGGCCUGUGUACCAGGAUGCCACGCUGCCCAAGUAUCUGACCCGUGUGCAUGGCGAGGACGCCCCCUACGGCAUCCUCAUCUCCAUCAACCCGACACUCAUCUUCUUCCUGGUGCCGCUGGUGACGGUGUUGGCCGAGCGGUGGUCGGUUGCUGCAGUCCACCUGCUGCAAGUAGACAUGUAACGCACUAUCGAUGGAAGCAGACCAUACACACAGACACGCACAGCAGACAGGAGCCAUCCGCGUGUGCCUUGAUGGCUGCUCUCAUGUCGGGCUGUGUUGCUUGCUCCGUCUGUGCAGGUAGGCAGCCUGCUGUCAGCAGCAUCGCCCUACUUCGUUGCGGUAAGUUCGUGGCCUUACGAGUCCUGCAUUUGUCCAUCCAUCCAUCCAUCGGCGGCCGAUGUGUGCAUGUCUGCCGGCAGGUGUCUGACGCAUAUUGGGCGUCGAUCACCUUUGUGGUGGUGCUGUCCGUCGGGGAGGCCAUGUGGUCCCCCAAGCUGUACGAGUACAGCGUCACAAUCGCACCUGAGGUAAAGGCAGACAAACACACGAACGAUGAAUGGAUGGAUGCGUUGACUGCGCGGAUGGCAGGGUCGUGAGGGCACCUACAUGGCGCUUUCGAGCGCCCCCAUCUUCCUCUCGAAGCUGUUUGUGGGUCCCAUGUCUGGCUACUUGCUGGACGCAUAUUGCCCUGAGGAGGGACCCAAAAACACCCGGUGCGUGUGUGUGGACUGCUGCAAGGGGUGGACAAACACGCGAGCCCCGACACACAGAGAGUGGACGGAUGUAAUCAUCUUUGUCUGUGUGUGUGCAGGUUUUUGUGGCUGAUCAUCGGUUCGUCCAGCAUGGUGUCGCCCGUCGGCAUGGUCUGUUCAAGAGAGAAAUACAAACCACAUACACAAGAGAGAAAUACAAACCACAUACACACUCUUACACUUUGACCACCUGUGCCAUCCAUCUGUCGUUCAGUUUUUUCUGAAGCGGUGGAUCUUCCGCCCAGAGGACUACGGCAUCAAACCACACAAACACAAACAAUCAGGUAGGUACCCCGCCCCACCCCUCCACACACAGGGGCCACACACCUCCUUUCUGUCUCGUUUAGUAUCUGACGCCAAGUUCACCCUGGUGUCCUCCACCGAGCUGGAAGACGCCCACACCGAGAGCGCACUCACGCCCGAGUCAGACGCCGGCAGCGACACCAACCCAUCGUCCAAAUCCGGCCGCAUGAGGACGGCAUACGCCCCCCGCUCGAGCGAGGCGGCCAUCGUGGACAUUCCUCCCCGGGUCGUUGGCAAGGUGGCCAGGUCGAGAUCAAGGUCACCAUCCGACAGCCCGAUGAUGGGUGGUGCUGACAAUGGGUGGGCGACUGACGGGAGGGGGCUGGGGAUGGGCCGCGGGCGAAAAGGGGAUGAUCGCUCUAUGGGGGAAGAGAUGAAUGGGAGGGGGAGUGAUGGGCAGCGGAGAGAUGGAGACGACGGUGUGCGAGGAGCUGUCGCGUAGAUGAGAUACACGAUGUGUAUGCCUUCCUGGAGAAAGUGGUCAGCUACUGACUUAAUUCAGCCUGACGGGUAGGUGUCUGUGCGUGGGUGGAGUGGGAGGGGUGUGGGUGUGAGGUAUGUCUGUCGAGAAGAGAGCGGUGAUGUCUUCCCGUCCGUCAAGUGAUUCGUUCGCCUCACCAUGCCAUGACAGGAUUAAAAAUCAAUCCCU